GUUACCAAGUUUAGUUUAUUUAGUGCACAAAUAUACCCGACGACAUUCCCGGUUAAUCUUAUGUGAGGGUUAUCGCGAACACUAGAAACACCAUAAACGGGGUCAACAAAUUUAUUUUAUUUUUUUUUCUGAGUGCACCCUAUAUAAGACAAAACCAAUUUCCGUUUCUCAUUUUAAAUCAUUUUCGGUAAUUAGUGCCGAUGAUCUCGAAGCAUCAAAAAACGCUUUAUCAAGUGCCUAAUGUACAGACGUUAAAGAGUUUUGCUUAGAAUUGUUUAAAUAAUACGUAUAUUAGUAUAAUAUGAAGGUUGAUACCGGUAAUUUGCCUUGUUGUUCGUGUGAUAAGGGUAGUGUUCGUGCUAACGCAGAUGGGUCUAGGGAGGAUGGUAAAAUUAGUGGGAUCGGAUGUUGUGGGGGCAGUAAAAAAGGGAAAAAGAAAAAAACCCUCACAUGCACCCAAAAAGUCUCCCUAGUGAUGCUGGCCCUUGCAGACUUCAUGAGCGUCUGCUCCAUGUCGAUCAUUUCACCAUUUUACCCGGCAGAGAGUGCGAGCAAGGGUGUUCCAGAGUCCCUCUCUGGAUUAGUAUUCGGCGCAUACGCUUUAGUAGUUUUCCUCACCUCGCCCAUAUUUGGAAAAAUCCUUCCGAAAUUUGGAGCAAAAUACAUGUUUAUCUCAGGCCUGUUGGUAUCAGGAGUAUCCAGUAUUAUAUUCGGACUUGUGGAUAGGAUACACGACUACACAUGGUUCGUCACUGCCUCGUUCUGUAUCCGGGCUGUAGAAGCUUUAGGAGCAAGCGCAUACUCUACAGCUUCCUACGUACUGAUCAUCAAUAUAUUCCCUGAUAAUGCCGGGUCUGUAAGGGGACUCUUGGAAACAUUCGUUGGCUUAGGCUUAAGUGCAGGCCCAGGACUAGGAGGGGUUUUAUACGCGAUAGGAGGGUUCGGUCUACCAUUUUACGUCGUAGGAGUAACAACCAUCUUCAUUGCAAUUUUAAAUGCUUACCUACUCUCCCAACCUAAGAAGAAUGAGGUGGAGACAAGUGGAUCUUUUCGAAAUUUACUUAAACUAUGGCCUGUACUGAUCACUUGUGGUAUCAUCGUGAUAACAUCCAUGACGGGUUCUUAUUUGGACCCCACUUUGGAACCCCAUCUUAGAGCGUAUGACUUAAGCUCUAGCCAAGUGGGUUUGAUGUUCUUGCUGCUCUCGGCAACUUAUGGAGUGACUAGUCCCCUAUGGGGAUGGAUGAGCGAGAAAUUUAGGGACUACAGUUGGCUGAUGACUACUGGACUGUUUGGAAGCUCGGUGGUGCUGCUUUUUAUGGGACCCUCGCCAGUUUUUACGUUUUUAGAAGACUCGAUUCCUUUGAAUGCGGCUGCACUCUCUGCACUAGGUAUCUUCAUAGCUAUGUCCCUGAUUCCCACUUAUCAAUUCAUAUUGGAUAGUGCCAUGGAAAAUGGGUUUCAAGAGAAUCUGGGUACGCACAGCGUAGUAGCAGGACUGUGGUCCUCAGUUUACUCUCUAGGCGAAGUGAUUGGGCCUAUUUCAGGAGGGUUUUUAUUGGAGAAGUUUGAUUUUCCUAUAACGUCUUCGGUGUAUGCGCUUCUAAACUUCAUAUGCGCAUGCGGUGCUCUCUUAUAUUUUAAGAUGAGUCGCAGAAAACCGAAAACGGUUGAGGUCACUUACGUGGAAAAUGGAAUUUAUCACAUCGAGUGCAAAUACUGUGAUGUGGCCGAUGAGGAGAACGUCGAUAGAGACGUUGAAGAUAUUAGGUUAUAGGUUUAUUUUUUUAAAUCAGUAUUUAAGUUAUUUAUUACAACUCGACCACUAACAAAUAUUAGUUUUAAAAUAGACAAUGGCAUUCUGUAUAUAGUUCUUAAGUUUAAUUUAUUGUGAUAAUUUCAUAAAUCCAGUUUCGUAAGUUCAAA